CUCUUUUUCUCAGCAGAGAGAAAUUCAUUUCCUUGCUAUUGCAUUCCGCUAACUCUUCGUCACUUCAACAACUAUGAAUCUGAAACCAUAUAUGUGUGUUCAGAUUAUACAUGUAUAUAUAUUUAUGAUAGUAUAUAUAUGUCACAUAUGUGGAGUAGCAGUUAGCUAACUUAUCUUAUAUGUGUAUCUAGAGAGAGUGAGAGAAUGGAGCAGAGACUUUAUGAAGCAGCAGUGGAAGGGAACAUAACAUCAUUGCAUGAAUUACUUCAAGAAGAUCGACUAGUUCUCGACCGAGUCGUUCUGACUUGUUUUAACGAAACUCCUUUGCAUGUUGCAGCGUUGCGCGGCCAUGUAGAUUUUGUGAAAGAAAUUCUAGCUCGAAAUUCCGAGCUUGCCGGAGAAUUAGAUACGCGACGAUUGUCCCCUCUUCACUUAGCAUCGGCUAAAGGGCACGUUGAGAUAGUAAAAGCACUCUUGUUGGUUAAUGGUGAGAUGUGUGUUGCUCAUGAUCGAGAUGGCAGAAACCCCCUUUAUCUCGCAGCCAUCAAAGGCCGAGUCAGUGUCUUGAAAGAGUUGGUUCGAGUCAGACCAGACGCUGCUCGAGCAAAAUUCGAUCAGGGUGCAACCUGCAUACUGCAUGUGUGUGUGCAUCAUGAUCAAUUAGAGGCACUAAAGCUAUUGCUGGUGACUUUGAAUGAUCACGAAUUUGCUAAUUGUAAGAACGAGCAUGGCAACACCAUAUUACAUCUAGCCGUCGCGGAUAAACAAAUUGAGACCAUAAAGUAUUUGCUUUCGAGUGUCAGAAUGGAUGUAAAUGCGAUUAAUGCAAAUGGGUUCACAGCAUUAGACGUUUUAGAACAAAGUCAGAGAGAUGCGAAGGAUUUGGACAUUGCAAAGUCCCUUCAAGAAGCUGGAGCCUUGAGAGCCAAAGAUCUAGCUUUAGCAGCUGGUAACGAAAAUCGAACCAUUAGGCCUAAUGGUACGCCCUUGUUUGUACAUGAUCAAAGAAAUGUUCCGAAAAGCAUUGUUCCACAUCAAGGCGAAUGGCUGGAGAAGAAGCGCAACGCAUUAAUUGUGGUGGCAUCACUUAUUGCAACAAUGGCUUUCCAAGCUGGGGUGAGCCCUCCAGGCGGUGCUUGGCAAGACAAUUACAAUAGCACUGAUACAAAUCAGACAGUUCCACACAGAGCAGGGGAAGCUAUAAUGGCAUAUAACUAUCCAGAUUCAUAUCCAAUUUUUCUUCGUGCUAACACGAUAGGUUUUGUUGCAUCUCUGAGCACAAUCUUGUUGCUUAUAAGCGGAUUGCACUUCAAGCGGCCGAAGAUUUAUAUUUGGACUUUGAUGGUGACCAUGUGGUUGACAGUGACAGCAAUGGCAGUAACUUAUGUUAUGGCAAUUGUGGUUGUCACACCAAGAGGGCUAAGACCACCACUCACUGAUGUAAUUAUAGUUGCAGUCAUAGUAUGGGGUGUCUUGAUGGCAUUGCUUCUGCUAGGGAACACAAUUCGUUUGUUAGGAAGGGCUCGUUUGAACAGACUUGGAAGAUUUAUGUGGCAGCAAAGAAAAAGUUUUCAUUCAGCUUAUUUAAACAGCAAUGGCGACCGAGAAGCUCUCCCAAUUCAGUUAUAGACCGAUGGCAGUAUGGCACAUUAGUGUUCGGCCUCUGUUUUUGUCUAGUAUAUGAAUUUUGUCCAUGUAGGGAAGGGUUUUUUCAGUUAUUAUUGUUUUAAGGGGGGAAAUGAUAUACUAUAUAUUAAUGAUUGAAUAAUCUGAUCAAAGACAACAAUUGAGCAUAACGAAAUUUUAUCGACGUUAUACAAUAUCAAUUUU